CCGCGUUGCUCAGAGGCGCCAUGUGGGCCUUGCGGGCCGCCGUCCGCCGCGCGCCCUGGCUCUCCACCCUGGGCCUCCGCUGCCCGGCUCCCAGGGCGCCCCCGCCGCCCCAUCCCGCACGCCUGCUCGCUGCCGCCUCCGCCGGCCACGGGGGCCUGGGGGACCCGGAUGGGCUGGGGAGCCGACAUCGGGGCCGGGCAAGCCGCCCAGGCGAGGACGAGGAAGACGAGGAGGACGAGGAGGACGAGGAGGAGGAGCUGCUGCGGAGCGAGCCGCUGCUGCCCGCCGGGACGCAGCGCGUGUGCUUGGUGCACCCGGACGUCAAGUGGGGACCCGGGAAGCCGCAGCUCACCACAGCAGAGUGGCAGGUGGCGGAGGCGGCCGCACUGGUCCACACGCUGGACGGCUGGUCAGUGGUGCAAACGGUGGUCGUGCCCACCAAGACGCCCCACAAGAAGCUCAUCUUCGGCAGAGGGAGCUUGGAACGCCUGACGGAGAGGAUCAGGGCGUCUCCAGAAAUCACGUCCGUGUUCCUGAACGUGGAGCGGAUGGCCAGCCCCACCAAGAAAGAGCUGGAGGCAGCCUGGGCCGUGGAGGUGUUUGACCGCUUCACCAUCGUCCUGCACAUUUUUCGCUGCAAUGCCCGCACCAAGGAGGCCAAGCUUCAGGUGGCGCUGGCUGAGAUCCCCCUGCUCAGGUCGAACCUGAAGCACAAUGUCACCCGUCUGGACCGAAAAGUGGGGGCCUCCAGAUACAUCAUGGGGUCAGGGGAGUCCUUCCUGCAGGUCCAGCAGCGGCUGCUGAAGGAGAAGGAGAUGAAGAUACGGCGUGCACUGGAGCAGCUCCGCGGGAAGCGGGUGCUGCUUCGGAAGCAGCGGACCAGGCGGGAGUUCCCGGUGGUCUCCGUGCUGGGCUACACCAACUCCGGGAAGACCUCGCUGAUCCGGGCCCUGACCGAGGACCCUGCUGCACAGCCCCGGGACCAGCUGUUCGCCACCCUGGAUGUCACGGCGCACGGGGCCUGGCUGCCCUCGCGGGUGCCCGUGCUCUACAUGGACACGGUGGGCUUCCUGUCCCAGCUGCCGCACAGCCUCAUCCAGUCCUUCUCUGCCACGCUAGAGGACGUGGCCCACGCAGACGUCCUCAUGCACGUGCGGGACAUCAGCCACCCUGAGAGCGAGCAGCAGAAGGCCACCGUGCUGUCCACGCUGCGGGGCCUGCGCCUGCCCGCCCAGCUGCUGGACUCCAUGCUGGAGGUGCACAACAAGGUGGACCUGGUGCCUGGGUACAGCACCGCGGAGCCUGGCGCCCUGGCCGUGUCCGCCCGCCUGGGGCUGGGCCUGCGGGAGCUGGAGGCCUCGCUGGACGCCACCGUGAUGGAAGCCACCGGGAGACGCGUGCUGACCCUCCGCGUGCCGCUGGCCGGGCCGCAGCUCAGCUGGCUGCACCGGGAGGCCACCGUGCAGGACGUGACCGUGCAGCAAGAGGCGGGGGCCGCCCUGGUCACCGUGGUCAUCAGCAGCGUGGCCUACGCCAAGUUCCGGAAGCUCUUCCCGGAGUAGACGCCGGCCGGCCGGGAGCUGUACUGACUCAGCCUCAGCAGAGCAGGCAGGCGUGGUGGCCGCGGUCCUCACACUUCUGGCAGCCGCUGGUCAGUGGCUGGUGUGAGGGGAAACUGGUCGUGCCGGGCGUGCUGUGACCCAGCACUCGGGAGGCUGAGGCAGGAGGAUCAGCGUGAGUCCGAGGUGGCCCUGUGAGACCCCGGGUCCCGUGUCCCGGCCAGGAGGACAGAGCGGUCCCCGAACAGGACAGCAGGACCGUCCCCACAGUGGGGGCUCUGCUCGGCAUCCCCACGGCUGAGCGGUAUGCAGGACAGCCAAGCUCACGCCUCUCCGAUGGCCUCGUGGAGAGAACGCACCGCGGCAGAGUCUGGUUUUCUUUGCUCUAUUAUUUUAAUUGUGUGUGAUCUUUAAAGAGAAGUGUUACGUGGGCCGGGAAUUUAGCUCAGUGGUUUCACCGCCUGCUGCCCAAGCGCAAGGACCCGAGUUCGAUCCCCGGUACCAAAGAAAAAAGUGUUCAGUGAAAAUAACAUUUCGGAAGCCAG